UAUCGUUUUUUCUCAAAACUGCUCACCAACGUAAUAAAACAAAAACGGCCGGAAGAAAACAAAGGAUCGAAAGAAAACCAUAAGAAAGGCAGAGAGCUAAGGGACAGAAAUCCGCUUUGGUCAUGCUUCGUCAUAUAUUUGCAGAGCAGAGUCAUUGGAGCUGCUGCUACUAGGGGUGUACAUGGGUGUUUUUGGUGGAGGCUUUGGAAAAACGAAAGAUGCCGCCACGGACUUCUUCCCCACCGCUGUUUUCUUUCCUUUUUUGCAAACGCACAGACUGAUUCUUUCUUCUUCUUGUUGUUGUUCCCAACCAAAAACAACAAACAGUCAACCCAAGUCUUGAUUGAUUUUGUCCGCUCCUUCUAUAAGGUUUUCCUUUCUUGCGUUUGCCUACUCUUCAUCAAUCAGCCAUUCCCUUGUUUGCAAUCCUCGGCAUGAAAUUGGUGUGGGCCAGUUUCUGUUUAUGGCUUGCCCACGGCGGCGGAAUUGCGCUGGUUACCGCGGCCAGUGCAUGCGGGCCUGAGAGGGAGCUGAAUCAGACUCCAACUUGGGCCGUCGCCGGUGUCUGUGCUGUGAUCAUCAUCAUCUCUAUCCUCCUUGAGAAGCUUCUUCACAAACUUGGCUCGUGGUUUACAGAACGGCACAAGAGAGCUCUAUUCGAGGCCUUGGAGAAGGUCAAGGCUGAGCUUAUGGUACUGGGUUUCAUUUCAUUGCUGCUGACUUUUGGUCAGAACUACAUCUUGAAGAUUUGUGUCCCCUCAGAGGUAGCAAAUUCGAUGCUGCCAUGUGCUUAUGAGGGUGAGCACAAAACUGAUGAAGAGGAGGAACAUCGUCGGAGGCUGUUGUGGUUUGAACACAGGAUGUUAGCUGGUGCAGACUCUGCUACAAAGUGCAAGGAGGGGCACGUACCACUUAUAUCAGCCAAUGGACUGCAUCAACUACACAUCCUCAUUUUCUUCUUAGCUGUUUUUCAUGUGAUCUAUAGUUUUGUAACCAUGAUGCUCGGGAGAUUGAAGAUUCGUGCCUGGAAGGAGUGGGAGCAAGAAACCUCCUCUCAUGAUUAUGAGUUCUCUAAUGAUCCUUCAAGGUUCCGGCUUACUCAUGAGACAUCUUUCGUGAGAGCACAUACAAGUUUCUGGACAAGGAUUCCAGUCUUCUUUUAUUUUGGAUGCUUCUGUAGGCAGUUCUUCAGAUCAGUUAGUAAGUCUGACUACAUGACAUUGCGCAAUGGGUUCAUCACUGUGCACCUAGCUCCUGGAAGUAAGUUCAAUUUCCAAAAGUACAUCAAGAGGUCAUUGGAGGAUGAUUUUAAACUUGUCGUCGGAGUGAGUCCUGUUUUGUGGGCGUCUUUUGUGGUUUUCCUGCUUCUGAAUGUUAAUGGUUGGCAAGCACUCUUUUGGGCAUCCACAAUUCCUGUGAUUAUAAUCUUAGCAGUUGGAACAAAGCUUCAGUCAAUUUUGACGAAGAUGGCAAUCGACAUCUCAGACAGGCAUGCAGUGGUGCAAGGGAUACCACUCGUGCAAGGGUCAGACAAAUACUUUUGGUUUGGUCGCCCCCAGUUAGUUCUUCAUCUCAUUCAUUUUGCUUUGUUUCAGUUACUUCUAUUAUUGACUGUCUCUUCUCUUUUGGUGAUCCUGCAGAACGCUUUCCAGAUAACAUAUUUCCUGUGGAUAUGGUAUGCAUUUGGCAUAAAGUCGUGCUUCCAUGCUAAUUUCACUCCCGCCAUUGUCAAAGUCAGCAUCGGGGUUGGUGUCCUACUCCUAUGCAGUUACAUCACGCUUCCCCUUUAUGCACUAGUGACUCAGAUGGGUUCCAACAUGAAGAAAGCAGUGUUCGAUGAGCAGACAUCCAAGGCUUUGAAGAAGUGGCACAUGGCCGUGAAGAAGAAGCAGGCAGGGGGCAGAGGCUCGAAGUCGUCUUUAUCAGUCAGAACUCUGGGAGGUGGAGAUGCAAGCCCGAUGUCCGUGACAGCAGAUGGCUCCCCCACGGCCAGAACUUUGCUGUCCACCGGCUCCUCUGGCCACACAUUGCACCGUUUCAAGACCACUGGCCACUCUACACGAUCUUACUACGCAUACCGCGAUGAUGAUGAGUUGUCAGACAUGGAAACCGAGGCUUUGUCCCCUGUUCCUUCGUCAUCAAUCAUUCAUAUGAGUUUGAUUGGUGGGUCGAGGGAUCAUGAAGGUGGGGGAGAAGGUGAAGAGUUGGAUGAUCGGAUUCCGAUUUCUGGUGGAAAUUUGAUGGACGAAUCCUUCCCGCACCAGCAUGCUGGGGACGAAAGUACUACUGGAAAUGAGGACGAUUUCAGCUUCGUGAAGCCGGCUGUUUCCUUUAAACAACCAUGAAUGAUGCUAUGUCUUCGGCUAGCAGCGUGAGAUGUAUAUUCUGUUCAUUCCUGCCUUUGGCAACCAUGUUUGUCAACUCGCCAAAUCAAGUUCCCAUGAAGAAGUAAAUGAGGAAUGGUGUGCUCAAGUCGUCAAACAACUCGAUUGCAUUUCUCAAAACUUAAGAAUUAUCAUUCAAAAAGGCCACGAAGAACCACCAACAGAAUGGAGGCCGUGAGGACUAAUUCAGCACAUGCUUACACUACGGCCUGUACACACUGUAGCCAAAUUCUUUCCAAUAGCUUGUUUGUUAACUC